AUGCUGGCCGAAGCCAAGAAAGCACAAGAGGCUGCCCAAGCUGCCGCCGAAGCUAAGAAAAAAUCACAAGAGGCAACUCAACCGGCUACCGGAACGAAAGGUUCAAAAUCUCUUGGAUCCGAGGAAGCGUUGAAAGAGGAGGAACGCCACCGAAGUAUGCUUAAAAAUAUCAAUGAAAAAUUGGCAAAAGUUCCUCAGCUGAAAACUGCAACACUUGAGUCGAGGAAAAAGAUUAAAUUAAAAUUGAAUAUUUUGACAAACAGUCGAACCGAAAUACUUAAAAUAGCCGACGAAAUCAGUAAUGUGUUAAAUUCAUCGAAAUCGAGUAAUAUAAAUGUUUAUUAUUUUCUUUUGAAUUUCUUGGCCAAAGAACUUAUUAAACAUGCAGAAGUUGAUAUAUUAUCAAACGAAUCAUCGGCAUUUUCCUUCGCUCAUGUGAGUGUUUUGAUUGCAGCAUGGCACACAGAAUUCUUGAACUUUUUGAUGGCUCGUUUCGUGAAAAAAUGCCCAUAUGUACUACCACGCUAUUUUGAUAUACGGGAAAUGGAUAAAAUGUCUGUUGCUGACUUCAGGAAGCAUAUCGGCUAUAAAGACGGAGAAAGAGAAGAUAUAUACAUUAAACGAAUGUGUUCGAUUUUAGCACUAUAUUGUGCUAUCAUGCAGACCCAACCCAUACAUCCCAACCUCAAAAAUCCAUACUCAAUCGACCAUGCGUGGACCUAUUUGGCUCGGCUAAUGAACUUGAAACCUAAAAAAAUCACACCAUUUCUUCUAUGCACAUGCAUCCAAAUCACUGGAGCAGAAUUAAUACGUGUUUAUCGGGAUGAUGCUUUAAAACUGUUCUCAGUCGUUUGUAAAGCUUAUGUUCUACAGCCACCUCCAGAAGUUCGGGAAUUGCUGACUAUUUCACCAUCAGCAAUGUCUCGACUCAAAACUAUGUUGGAAAAUGCAUCACAAAAAGGCGGCAGAUUUCCAUAUCCUGAUGGAAGAGAUCCACUUUAG